AUACCCCGUGAAAAUAGAAAGGUACAUUACGCGAAAGAAGAGCAAGAAAAGGUCAUCGCGUCUAGGCUUCGUCAUAGUCACCAAAGCGGGAAUCUUACAAAGAACAAAAAGAAGAGGUUGCAGCAAAGUAAGGAACUGGCCCUUACAUGA